AUGGGAGCUACGAUUUCCAGCCUAAUGGGCGCGCCCAAGCGGCCUCAGUUUCCUACAGUACCCACUGACCAAGUACUGCCCAUGCAUGCCUUCGAUGAUACGCCGUUUAUGCGAAAAUGUCCAUUGCUGUGGACAAUACGAUUCAAUGAGAUUCUCGACGCCGACAUCUUGAACGAAGCACUCUUGAAACUCUUUGAGAUGGACGGAUGGAGAAGACUUGGCGGUAGAAUACGCCUUAAUGACCAGGGCAAAGCUGAAGUUCAUGUUCCGAAGGAAUAUUCAGCACAAAGACCAGCGGUUCACUUCACCAAGGCUGCUUAUGACAUGCCCUUUGCAGACCACCCCGAAGCAUCCAAACUACCCACUAGAUCAGACGCAAUCGCCUUCUUUCCAAACCCCGCCGAUUUCCAAUCAAUCGGUAUAGGUCCUGGUGCACCAACAACAUUUGAGGACCUUUGCGCCACCGACGUACCACAGUUCUCGCUGCACGUUGUGACAUUCCAAGACGGGACACUUGUAUCACUUACUUUUUCACAUAUGACCACUGACCUAGGCGGACUGUCAGCGGUUCUUGAAGCUUGGUGUUUAAUCCUAGCUGGAAAGCCUGAACAAGUUGCCAAGUUCCCAGGAUACAAAGAUGACGUUAUGGCUGGGCUGUACCGAGCUGAAAGCACGGAGAAAUCCAAAACCGAUGGCUCUCUUCUUUCCGGCUGGAGGCUUGCAGUCUGGGCUCUUAGGGCGGCUUAUGAUGUGUGGAUGUAUCCCCUCGAGUGUCGAACACUGCGUGUGCCAGCCAAGGCUAUCAACGCUAUAGUAGCCGAAGCCAGGAGUGAGGUUUCACUUGAGAAAACUACCGACGGCAGUAAGCCAUUCGUUUCAGAGAAUGAUGUCAUCUUGGGCGAUACGACAACUUCAAUGAUCAUGUCAUCUAACUGGGCCAAGUCGGGGUUCUUGGAUAAGACUGAUUUUGGACCUGCGGUUAUAGGAGGAAGUGGGAGACCUGCGAGGCCAAAUUAUUACCAUAUGGGAAAGCUUACGCCUAUUAUAUUUCCUGUGUCAGUUGGGAUUAAUAUGGGACGGGAUGGGGAUGGGAAUUUGUGGCUUGGUGGUGACUUAUCAGCGGCUUCGUGGGCGACGUUGAUGGAGUACUUGAAGCGGUAUGAAUAG